UUUUGAAAGACCAUAUAAAAAGUUGUUAAAAUUCAAGCCCGCUACUUAGGCUCACGAUAUACAAAGGAGAAUCUGGCAAUUGUUCUGUCGUCACAAGUUCACUGUAUUUGACAUUUUUAAUUUACAUUUUAUUCAACUCGAAUAUUCUAUUUUUGUCCUACAAUCUCGCAAUCAUGCAUCUUGCAAAGCCCUUCAAACUUCUCACUUUGGUAGCGCUACAAACCGGUAUCGCCGCCGCUAAGGGGCAACCCGAGCAUUGUUUUGUUCGGAUCCUAAAAUACGAAAUCCCAAUCCAUGGGGAUGGUUACCUGGUGGGGUCGGAUGUCAACUGGUGGGUUGGCAAUCAGAAGGUUGAUUUCCAUAUCAACAACGAUUGUACCAUUCAAAGACGGGGAGGGACUCAGGAAAAGAAGCCUUAUCGACUCGAUAGUAUAAGUACUCUCGGAGAGGACUUGCCAAAGGGAUUUGACUUUAUUCUCUUUCGGGAGAGCAAGAUUGAUGAGUUCUUGGCGCAAGGAGGAGUGACCAAGCGCAUUCUGGGUUCCAUGAUACUAUAA